ACCAGAUGAUUUUGUGCGGUUGGAUUUCCUCGUGAAUUUCCUGGUUUUCCUCGGGUUUUCGAAUAGCUAGGAUUAGGAAAUUAAAAUGACGCUAGUACACUGCUUCGAGUUUACGGUGUUCGGCCAAACGGUGCACCUACCGGUACCGCUGCUGGUAAAUGGAGCGAUUUCCGUGGGCGCCUACUUCGCCGGGCGUAGUUUGAUACCGAAGAUGAAACCCAUGUUCAUCAACGCCAACCUGUACGGGAUCGAUAUGAACAAGAAGUCCAAACCCAAGAUCCCUGAGGCAUUCGGCGUUGUUACGGGAUGCGUGUUUCUGGUAUCGCUGUUCCUCUUCAUUCCGGUGCCGUUUUUGCGUAACUUUUCCACCAACGUAGCUGGCAACUUUCCUCAUGAUAAGUUUGUAGAAUUCGUGGCCGCGAUGCUGUCCAUCUGCUGCAUGAUUCUGCUCGGGUUUGCCGAUGACGUGUUGAAUUUGCGUUGGCGCGAUAAGCUAUACCUACCGACGGUUGCCUCCCUACCGCUGCUCAUGGUGUACUAUACCAAUUUCAAUUCGACCACCGUUCUGCUGCCUAAGCUGGUACAUCCACUGCUCGGCCAGUCGCUUGAUAUCGGCGUACUGUACUACGUUUUCAUGGGUAUGUUGGCGGUAUUCUGCACGAACGCCAUCAACAUCCUGGCCGGUAUCAAUGGGCUCGAAGUGUGCCAAUCACUCAUCAUAGCCGGUUCGAUCGUUACCUUCAACGUGCUGGAGAUACUGUCCGGUAACCACAGCGACGCACACGAAUUUUCCCUCUACAUCAUGCUACCAUACAUUGGAGCAACGCUGGCGCUUUGGCAGUACAACCGGUAUCCUUCGGAGGUGUUUGUGGGCGAUACGUUCAACUACCUGUCCGGCAUGACCUUCGCCGUGGUCGGCAUCCUGGGCCACUUCAGCAAAACUGUCCUGUUGUUCUUCAUCCCGCAAGUCCUCAACUUUCUCUACUCCGUACCGCAGCUGUUCCGUUUCAUACCGUGUCCAAGGCAUCGCAUGCCCAAGCAUGACCCAGAGACGGAUUUGCUGCACAUCAGCCGCACUCAGUUCCGUGUGAGCGAACUGAACGUGAUCGGUCGCUUUUGUUACCACGUGUUCCGCCAUCUCCGUUUGAUUCGGUGCGAACUGUCGACAGAAGACGGUGGCCAAACGGUCACGUGUAACAACUUCACGAUCAUCAACUUUGCCAUCCUACUGACCGGGCCGAUCCGGGAGGAUCGGUUGAAUCGAUUACUGGUCGGUUUCCAGCUGAUCUGCGCACUGUUUGCCUUCACGAUACGCUACCCGUUGGCACAUUACUUCUACGAUGCCAACUAA